GCCCCUCUAGCGAAGUGGUGAGGUGCAGGAUGGAGCAUUGCCAGCUUCCUGGGUGUUAGGUACCACCUGUAUAUGAGUUUUAGGGUAAUUCUCUGCUGCUUGCCAAAAUAGACUUAAAGGGAUUUUUUGUCCAAUGUCUAUUCCAUUGACCUGGGUCAAAUUCAUAGCCGAAAUCACAUUCCCUUUGAUGUUUAAUAGGGUCAAGUGAACCCACCAAUGCACUGAAUAGAAUGCCAUAGAUUAUGGAUGUUAUACCUGGGUCUUGUCCUUCUGUGGCUAUUACAAGUCUUUCAAAUGGGGCCAUUGGCCUUGUGGCUGCCUUAGUGGUGACAGUUUGCUUACUGGGUUAGCAAAAAAAGUGCAGAUUUGGAGAAGUAGCAGCCAAGGGGUUUGUAAGUGUCCUUAUUUAGUCCGUAUUUCUUGGUCUGAUAGUGGUGUAUUUCUGUUACAAAAGUCACAUAACUGGCAUAGACCUUCUGUUUUCCAUCUGGCCACAUAAAAUUGUCAAGAAGUGUUGUGAAAUUGUCGGUGGGAGGUGAGGGCUGCCAGAGGGGACAGUGCUGGAGUUAGGAGUCCUGCCUUCUCUUUCCAUGCAUUAAGAAUGGUUUGUGUGGAUCACAUUUGGAAUGUUCUAAAUGUUUGCUUUAAAGGGUACACUGAGGUUGGAAUUCCCUCAGUUCUGUUUUCAGUUGAAUCCUUCUGAGAAACAUAAAGGUGGGGAUUGAUCCUAGUUUUUCAUCUGUGCUCACCUCCUCAUUUUAUAACUCACAGCAAGGUUUGGAUGUGAGAGAAGUGCCAGCUGUUGAAUGGAUGGGGACAGAACUCAGCCUGUGUCAAGGUAAGUCUCAAGGUUACCCCCCAGUCACCCCACAUUUACCUUGGAAAUUUACAGCAAACUGUUUGGCAGCCCCCUAGAACCUUCCAUGACGAUAGUGCCACUCCCUUUUCCCAUGCAGAGAUAAGUUGAGCCAGGUUUGGGGUAUAAAGGGACCUACCUGUACUGAAUAAGUCCCAUUUGGAGCACACCAUGGGUCGCUGGGAAGUAAUGUGCCUUGCCCUCUGCCUGGGCGCAGUGGGGGCAGCAAAGCUGGGCAUCGUGAACACGGAAGGAGGUUUUGUGGAAGGCGUCAAUAAAAAGUUGGGCCUUUUCGGGGAUUAUGUGGACAUCUUCAAAGGAAUCCCUUUUGCUGCACCUACCAAGACUCUUGAAGACCCCCAGCCUCACCCAGGCUGGCCAGGCACCCUGCAGGCCAAGGAGUAUAAGAAUCGUUGCAUGCAGUCCACACUCACCCAGACAGAUGUGCGUGGCACCCAAGAUUGUCUUUAUCUCAACAUCUGGGUCCCCCAAGGGAAAAAAGAAGUGUCCACCAACUUGCCGGUGAUGGUCUGGAUUUAUGGGGGAGCCUUUCUCUGGGGUGGCGGCCAGGGACCCAACUUCCUGAGCAACUACCUCUACGACGGGGAGGAGAUUGCCACCCGCGGAAAGGUCAUUGUGGUGACGCUCAACUACCGCCUUGGACCCCUGGGUUUCCUCAGCACAGGAGAUGCUAGCCUUCCAGGUAACUAUGGCCUCAAAGACCAGCACAUGGCCAUUGCCUGGGUCAAGAGAAACAUAAAGAACUUUGGAGGGGACCCCGACAACAUCACAAUCUUUGGAGAGUCUGCUGGGGCCGUCAGUGUCUCCUUACAGAUGCUGUCGCCCUACAACAAAGGAUUGAUCAAGCGGGCUAUCAGCCAGAGUGGAGUCGGCCUCUGCUCUUGGGCCAUUCAGAAGAACCCCCUCUACUGGGCUACCAAGGUAGCUCAGAAAGUCGGCUGCCCAACAGACAACACCACAAAGCUAGCGAACUGCCUCAAGGUCACCGACCCCAAGGCCCUGACGCUUGCUUACCACCUAGAGGUGCUUAAUCUGCGCUAUCCUCUCGUCCAUUACCUUGCCUUCUCCCCAGUGGUUGACGGAGAUUUCCUCCCAGAUAACCCAGAAAAUCUCUUUGCCAAUGCCGCUGACAUUGACUACAUCGCAGGGGUGAACAACAUGGAUGGGCACUUCUUUGCUUCAAUUGACAUGCCUGCACUCAACCGCCCGCUAGUGAAGAUCACAGCGGAUGACAUGUACCGUGUGGCCCAGGGCCUGACUGUGGAGAAGGGGGUGGAAGGAGCCAAUGAAACCUUCUCCCUCUAUACCCAGGUGUGGACUGACCACACAAACCAGGAAGUCAUGAAAAGAUCUGUGAUAGACCUGGAGACAGACUACAUAUUUCUGGUGCCUACCCAGCAGACACUUAGUCUCCAUUACCAAAAUGCCAAGAGUGCCAAGACUUACAGCUACCUGUUUUCCCAGGAUUCGCGGAUGCCUGUCUAUCCCAGCUGGGUUGGUGCAGACCAUGCUGAUGACCUUCAGUAUGUCUUUGGGAAACCUUUUGCCACUCCUUUGGGCUACAGAGCUCAGCACAGAAAGGUUUCUAAGGACAUGAUAGCUUACUGGACAAACUUUGCCAGAACAGGUGACCCCAACAAAGGGGAAUCGGAAGUCCCCAUUGGGUGGGUGCCUUAUGAUACUCAGCAUGGCUACUACCUGGAGAUCAACAAGGACAUCAACUACGAGUCAGCGAAGCAAGGCCUGAGAGCUCCUUUCGUGAAUUUCUGGACUGUCGCCUACAGGAGCCUGCCAGACGCACCCGUCACCUUGGAUGAGAAGUAGAAACUACUUGGGAACCGGUCACUUCCAUUUGUCCAAGAACCAAAACAAACCAACCAACGCAGAUUCAGAAUGAAUAAAUAAAUAAAUCUUAACUCUU